AUGGCUGCCAUUGUCGGAGCUUAUAGUUGGUUGGAAGUUGUUCUCAUCUAUGAAAACACGGAGUAUGGAAAUAGCUUAAUUCCAUAUUUGGAAGACGCUUUCCAGAAAGUUGGAGCUCGAGUACCUCAUAGAAGUGUCAUUCCUCAUCAUUAUAAUGACAGAGAAAUUUUAAAGGAGCUUAACCGCUUGAAUUCAACUCGAGCAAGAAUAUUUUUGGUCCAUAUGACUGCUUCCCUCGGGUCCAAAUUGUUUUUAUUAGCAAGUAAGGCAGGGAUGAUGAUCGAAGGGUAUGGAUGGAUUGUUACUGAAGGGUUAUCGACUUUAUUAGAUCCUGUGGGUUCAAGAACCAUGAACUCAAUGCAAGGUGUAGUGGGAGUAAGGCCAUAUAUACCAAUGUCAAAAGAGCUUGAAGACUUCGUGUUGCGAAUGAAAAUAUUCAGGUUCAGAAAAUCAAGGAUUACUGGUGUAAACCUCUUUGGGUUGUGGGCAUAUGAUACAGUUUGGGCAUUAGCAAUGGCAGUGGAGAAGGUUGGAAUAGCAAGCAGAGUUGAUCUUGCAAGUUUGGGAACUGGUGACAAGGGUCAAAAUCUUCUUGAAGCUAUCCUAGAUUUAAAAUUUGAAAACCUCAGUGGGAAUUUCCGGUUGGUUAAGGGACAGUUGGAAGCUUCAACCUUUGAGGUAUUUAAUGUGAUUGGCGGAAAAGAAAGAAUAUUUGGAUAUUGGAACCAAAAGAAAGGACUUUCCCGAAAGCUGAAUAGAGCAGCAGAGUUGGAUAAAAGGAAGACACUCGAGAAACCAAUCUGGCCAAGGUACACUACAGACAUCCCUCCGAAAUUGAGGAUUGGAGUUCCCAUGGAACAGGGUUUUAAUGAAUUCCUAAAAUUCGAAAACAACCACCAUAUAUCAGGAUUCUCUGCUGAUAUAUUCUUUGCUGCAAAAUAUGACGCUGUGGUGGGAGACACAACAAUUGUAGCUAAUCGCUCAUUAUAUGUAGAUUUUAUGUUGCCUUAUACUGAAUCAGGAGUUUCCAUGAUGGUUUUGACAGAAGAUAGUGAGAGGAAUAGUCUUUGGAUUUUCUUGAAGCCACUAAGCUUGGAUCUUUGGUUGACAACCGGCGUAGCCUUCAUAUUUACAGGUUUUGUAAUAUGGCUUCUUGAGCACCGGGAAAACACCGAGUUCAGAGGUCCUCCACAGCAACAACUUGGAAUGAUAUUCUGGUUCUCCUUUUCAACCCUCGCCUUCCCAAUAGGGUCCCCGCUGGUAUCCUACAUGUCGAGGGCAAUCUUGAACAUGACUCAAGACAAAAAUCAGAUGGAUAGAAUUCAGUUGACUUACUUUGAUUACUUUGAUAACAAACCUACCUGUGAGGAUCAAAGUGCCAAAAUUUCUUCAGAGGGUCCAAGUCUUCGUGUCUCCAGCUUCGGAGGCCUCUUCAUCAUCGCAGGUGUGGCCUCCAUGGUUGCUCUUUUGAUGUGCAUGCGUGAUGGAGCGAAGCUAACCGAGGAGAUGAUGAAGCGAGGCUUGCAGCGGGUCUUAUGCGCGUGGGGCAGCAGGGGUUGUAGCGUUGCGGGGUUGCUGGUGUAUUGCGGGGCUACAGGAGCAAGGGCAGUAGCAAGGCUAGCUGCUGCGGGGAUGUUGCGCAAGGGUUGCGGGCGCGCUGGGUGUGCGGCAGAAGCGCAGGGGCGCGUCGCUGGAGGGUUGGCAGGAGCGCAGAUUGCAGGGCAGGAGGCAGGGACUUGCGGUAGGGGUUGCAGGGCUUGCGGUAGGAAACUGCAGGGCGGAAGGCAGGACUUCACGGGCUAG